AUGCCAGGCCAAUCUUAUAUCACAGUGGACGGCUCCCUAGCUGACUCCAUCACAGAAUACGCAUCCAUCUUGGACUUGUACAAUGAAAACACAAACUAUGUUGAGAAAUUGGCUGCAUAUGCCAUAACACCAGAAGGUGAUGAUCAAGAUGAUGAUGAAGAUGUGGAAAUAGAAUUCAAAGAUCAAGUCUUUCAAGAAAUCGCAGACUCAUAUUCCCACCUAGCUGCUAUACCUGAUAGGGAUUUCGAGAGUGUUGGUAAUUUGGUUGUCUUCAUUUUCACUUUUUCAAAUGAAUUUGAAUUAUAUUUGAAACAAUUUUUAACCAAUUUGAUUCAAGUUUUAGGAUUACAAGAUGUUGAUGUUAAAGUUAAUAAGAACAAGAAGAAGACUUUGAAAAUCACAGCUAUAAUUUCAGUUUUAUCAAAUGUUUUCAAUUUGAUUGAAUUGGAAAAUUUCGAAUUUAGAAAUUUCAAUUUGAAAUUAAUUUUAAAUUUAGUGGAAAUCUUGGAUAAUGGUUCAAUCUUAUUACCAAUCGUGUCCAAUGUUGAAGGUUGGUUACUUUCAGAUAUCGAUUCUAAACCAUUAGAAGUUCAAGAGGAAACUAGAUUAUUAAUAUUACAAUUGGCUAAGUUAAUUUCAUCAUCAAAUGAAUUGGAAUCUUUAAAAUUAUUUGAAUUAGCAAUCACCAAAAUCCCAAAUGUUUCAUCAAAUUUAAUUAAUCAAUAUUUGAUUGAAAAUUUAAACUCUUUAAAAGCUUUAGAUUUAUCCAAAAUCUUGGAAUUAGAAGUUGUGAUAAAAAAUCAUCAAGAAUCUCAAGAAUAUUUAAAAUUGUUGCAAAAUUACUUAUCAUUAACAACAUUAGAAUUUGAAUCAUCAUUAUCACAAUUCACAUCAUUAACUUCAAUAAAUUUUAAAACUUUAUUGAAAAAAAAUCAAUUUUUAACAUUAUCCAAAAUUGCAUUAACAACUAACUCAAUCACCUACACCACAAUCGCUUCAAGUUUAAACUUGUCUUCAAACGAUGUGGAAUUAUUCAUCUUUGAUGCCAUUAAAUCUGGUGUUGUCGAAGGAAAAUUAUCUCAAAUUAAUCAAACUUUCCAAGUUUAUAAAGUUAAUUUGAUUGUUAAGUCUAUUGAAUUGAAAGAUUGGUUGGAGAUUAAAGGGAAAUUGUUGGAAUGGAGAUCUAAAUUGAAAGAUGUUAGGGCAUUAGUUGAUCAAGCCUCAAAGAAGAAGGCUGUUAAGGCAUAGAGAUUGUAUAGUUAAGGAUAUGUGAAUUAAGAUAAAAGAUAAAGUAGAUCAUAAUAACAUAAUCAAUAACAUAAUCAAUAACAU